GGCGUGGCCGGAGCGCGCGGGAGGGAGGGCGAGGGAGCGGGGCCGGCCUGCUGGAGAGCCGGUCGGGCUGCGAGCGCGGCGGGAGCGUAUUCCAGCUCGGCCCCGGUGCUGUCCUCCGGUCCCCCGUGCUCCGGCCUAGGGUCUCGGGGCGGGAAGCGCGGCGAAGGGAAGCGGGCGCGGGGAGCAGGGCGGAGGGGUCGAGGCGCGCUGCGCUGCCUCCCGGUCCUCGCCGGGAGCUGCGGGCCCGGGGCGCGCGGUGCUCCGCGGCGCGCGCACUAUGCGGGCGGAUUGCCGGCCGCCGCGAUGGCGAGCCGGGCACCGCUGAGAGCCGCGCGCAGCCCGCAGGGUCUCCGAGGCCGGGCCGCGCCCGCCGCCACCGGCCGGGCCGCGCUGCCCAGCGCCGGCUGCUGUCCCCUCCCUCCUGGCCGCAACUCCUCCUCCAGGCCUCGGCUGAUCCUUCUGCUGCUCCUACUGCUCCAGGACGCUGGAGCCCAGCAAGGUGAUGGAUGUGGACAUACUGUACUAGGCCCUGAAAGUGGAACCCUUACAUCCAUCAAUUACCCACAUACCUAUCCUAACAGCACUGUGUGUGAAUGGGAGAUUCGAGUAAAGACUGGGGAAAGAAUUCGCAUCAAAUUCGGUGAUUUUGACAUUGAAGAUUCUGAUUAUUGUCACCUUAACUACCUGAAAAUCUUUAAUGGAAUUGGAGUAAGCAGAACAGAAAUAGGCAAAUACUGUGGUCUGGGCUUACAGAUGAAUCAGUCAAUUGAAUCCAAAGGCAGUGAAAUCACAGUGCUGUUCAUGAGUGGAAUCCAUGCUUCUGGACGAGGAUUUUUGGCUUCAUACUCGGUUAUACAUAAAGAAGAUUUAAUCACUUGUUUGGAUACUGUAUCUAAUUUUUUGGAACCGGAGUUCAGUAAGUACUGCCCAGCUGGCUGUCUGCUGCCUUUUGCUGAAAUAUCUGGAACAAUUCCUCACGGCUAUAGAGAUUCUUCACCAUUGUGUAUGGCUGGAAUCCAUGCAGGAGUAGUGUCAAACGUGCUGGGUGGCCAAAUUAGCAUUGUGAUUAGCAAAGGCACGCCAUAUUAUGAAAGUUCAUUGGCCAACAACGUCACUUCCAUGGUGGGAUAUUUAUCUGCAAGUCUGUUUACAUUUAAGACAAGUGGUUGCUAUGGAACUCUGGGGAUGGAGUCUGGUGUAAUUGCCGAUCCCCAGAUAACAGCAUCAUCUGUACUCGAGUGGACUGACCACAUGGGGCAGGAGAACAGCUGGAAACCGGAGAAGGCCAGGCUGAGAAAACCUGGGCCUCCCUGGGCUGCUUUUGCCACUGAUGAGCAUCAGUGGCUACAAAUAGACCUUAAUAAGGAGAAGAAGAUAACAGGUAUCGUAACCACUGGGUCUACCAUGGUAGAACACAAUUAUUAUGUGUCUGCCUACAGAGUUCUGUACAGUGACGAUGGGCAGAAAUGGACUGUGUACAGAGAACCUGGUGUGGACCAGGACAAGAUAUUUCAAGGAAACAAAGAUUAUCACAAGGAUGUUCGUAAUAACUUUUUGCCACCAAUUAUUGCACGUUUCAUUAGAGUGAACCCUGUCCAGUGGCAACAGAAAAUUGCCAUGAAAGUGGAACUGCUUGGAUGUCAGUUUACUCUCAAAGGUCGCCUUCCAAAGCUUACUCCACCUCCUCGGAUCAGCAAUAACCUCAAAAACACUACAGCUCAGCCUAAACUAGGUAAAGGUCGUGCCCCUAAAUUUACUCAAGUCCUGCAACCACGAAGUAGGAAUGAACUUCCUCUACAGCCGGCACAGACAACUGCCACUCCUGAUAUAAAAAAUACGACCGUAACUCCCAGUGUAACCAAAGAUGUCGCACUGGCUGCUGUCCUGGUUCCUGUGCUGGUCAUGGCCCUCACCACACUCCUUCUCAUUUUAGUGUGUGCUUGGCACUGGAGAAGCAGAAAGAAAAAAACUGAAGGCACCUAUGAUUUACCCCACUGGGAUCGGGCAGGUUGGUGGAAAGGAGUGAAGCAGCUUCUCCCUGCCAAAUCGGUGGAACACGAGGAGACGCCAGUGCGCUACAGCAGUAGUGAAGUUAGUCACCUGAGUCCAAGGGAAGUCACCACAGUGCUGCAAGCUGAUUCCGCAGAAUAUGCACAGCCCCUAGUGGGAGGAAUCGUUGGCACACUCCAUCAGAGAUCUACCUUUAAACCUGAAGAAGGAAAAGAAGCAGGCUACGCAGAUCUAGACCCUUACAACUCUCCAGUGCAGGAGGUAUAUCAUGCCUAUGCUGAACCGCUGCCCAUAACGGGGCCUGAGUACGCAACCCCGAUCGUCAUGGACAUGUCAGGGCACCCCACAGCCUCAAUUGGUCUGCCCUCCACAUCCACUUUCAAAACUGCAGGGACCCAACCUCCUGCUUUAGUGGGGACUUACAACACUCUUCUCUCCAGGACUGACAGCUGUUCCUCGAGCCAGGCUCAGUAUGACACCCCAAAAGGUGGGAAGUCAGCAGCUACCCCAGAGGAGCUGGUGUACCAGGUGCCACAGAGCACCCAGGAAGUACCAGGAGCAGGAAGGGAUGAGAAAUUUGAUGCUUUUAAAGAAAUCCUUUGACGGUGGUGCUGCUUUGUACAAAGCAUCCAUUUAAAGCACAUGGCUUUUUUACUUCUUAGUGGUAGUAAUGUAGAAUGUAUUACGUAUCUGUCACUGAAGUGGUUAGAGGAAUGUGGUGACCGAGGUACAAGAAACUACUUGCCUUGCCAUCUUGCUUUAAAGGGGUUAUUGUGUGGCACAGUUACUGCUUGCCUGUUACAUUUCAAACAUCCUGUUUGUUACUACUGUAAAACACUAUUUUUAAUACAGAAAAAAGCUCCCUAUAAUGCACUUCAAAGAAACUGAAAAUCACUGAGUAUUUAUUACCAAUGCUGCAGGUACAUUAAUGAACUUGAGGUGGUUCUGUAAGCCUUGCUGGCAUUUAUGCAUGGUACUGUUCUUGAAAUACCGACUGGCUUGAAAUCCUCCCUUUGUGAAGAUGGGUACUAUCAUGCCUCCCUUCUCUUUUAAUCCUAUAUUACUGUCUGCAUUCUUUUUUUUCCUCACAACCAUCAGUGAUUGAUAAGCAUUGUUCUAGCUGGGGCCAUGUACACUUCUCUGAAUUUCCCUAGGAAGGCGCACUGUUAGAACAGCUUGCUUUGUAGUGAGCUGGGUGACUGACUUCUUGUUUGAUGACACUCUUAACAGUAUUAAUAUCUCCUAGUACAGGAUAUGGUCUCCCCUCUUCUCAUCCCACCCACCCUUUGUGGCCUGGCUCCAACCUGUGUUCAGAAAUGCUGGUGGCCUCCUUUUCAGUAAGCCGUCACAGGAAGCCAGUCCCUCCUGUCUUUAAGUAUACUUCUCCACAUGGAAAUGAGAGAAGCAGCUUACAGGUUAGAAAAGCUAUAAAGGGAGUCCUCUGCAUCACUAAAGUAAUAUGUAAAUUACUUUAGGGAAGAAGUUAAGGGGAGAGUAAAAUUUAAUCUUCUUUGCUUUAUUUACACACAAGCCCAAAAAUUUGCAAAUUUGUGUGUCCCAAGGUCUUUUAUAACUUUAGUCAACUAUGUUUUUUUUUAGUUUCAAUUCUCUUCAGUAAACCAUUGUAAGAAAAAGAAAACCAACAUGAGCCAGGUCUGAUGGUUCAAGUUGGCAAUCCCAAGUAGCCAGGAGCCUGACACAAGUGGACCCUAGGCCAGGCUUUAUAGUCUACAGAGUGAGUUCAGGAUAGGCCACUCAUAAAAUAUGGGGUGGAGCUCAGUCAUAGUGGCUUAGCUCCAGUACAGCAUGUGCGAGGCCAUAGGUUCAAUUCCCUCUACUACAAGAAGAAAAGCAACAUGCUUCUCCAGGUCUCUGUGAUUCUGCCUUCUGUCUGGGAAGAGGCUUAAGCGGCCCUUUGUGUCAGACCUGGUUGACAGAGAUGCUGUAACAUCGGAAUUGUGUGUAAUCCUUCCCAGCAAGGUACUUGUCAGUGCUUAAGCACAACUGCGCUGCACUCACAUCAGGUCGGGUAAAUAAAUAAACAUUGUAGUGGAUUAGCCUUAGGCUGGGAACGAACUGAAGCAGCACAUCAGAUGAAAACAAGAACUCUCCCUCGCCGAUUUAGAGUAUCAUCAGGUCCCAGGCAGUUUCUCGGCUUAUACCACCCAGGUUAUAGAACUGCCAAGCUUCACUAGAUUUGGAUAGCGGUAAACAGUAUUGACUGCUCCCUUCUGCAAGCACACCACUGUUUUAAAGUUACUCAGAACUGUUUGUGCAGCCUCCUGCCACCUCCUUGGAUGACUUUUGCUGCUUUUAUUGUAAAUUGCCUUUUGUCUUGCAGAGUUUGAGACACAAUCUCCCUCCUUGUUGAAAAAUCAGUGCACAUUUUGUUUCAAGGUUAUGAAGCAAAAAAGCAUGUUGAGCUUGUACUAAGCACAAGAUGCCGUUGUCCCCUUUCAGCUGGGAACAAAGCAAACCUUUGGCUGUUCCAUUUUUAUUGAUACUUAGUGGGCAGAGAGUAGACUUUUCUUUGAGUCACAUACCUGUUGGAAGCUUUAAGAGAUGUUUUGAAGAUGAAGUUGUUUUCCCAAAGAAGCCUGCUAUUUUGUCUGUGUCCCAGAACUGUUUAAGAACAAAGCGAGGCCAUGUUUGUUGAUGGGAUGGAUGCACAUUGUGAGACUUGAUUCCUAUGGCCACUGCUCUCCUUGAACUCUACCAAUGGUUUUCAUAACAUACCUAGUUAUUGUUAUGUGUUUUUCUUUUGCAGAUAAAGAGCUGAGCCUGAUUCAAAUGAUUUUUUUUCUGGUUUUGUACUUUUCCUUUUAGUAUUAGUAUUAUAGAUUAUCUGAAGUUCUUAGUCACUUACAUGUCUGGCAAAUCUUUGGAAGACAAUCAAGUAAAAUGUGAAAGUAACCAUUGUUGACCAAACCCCUUGGUUAUUAUGUUUUGCUUUGUUAAUUCUUUGCUUGAAAUAUUCAAUACUUAAAUCACUGUGGCUUAUUGGGUUUCUCUUUUCCUGAUAAUACGAUUGAUUAUAGAAAUAGAGAGAGCAGUGUAGCAAGUGCAGCCUUUGGAGGUUUCAGAAAAUUACACUAACUUGGCUGUCACUUGACCCUUGGAGCCAGCACAGAUAGUGUAAGUUCCGGUUUGCAAUUUAUUAGAUGCUGUUUGUAGAUCACAGUAGUUUCUGUUGAAAGUAACAGGGCUAGUCCAGUUAUUUAAUUCAUAUAUUCACUAUUUGCACUUUCCAUUGAACAAUGAGUUGAUUUGCUGUUCACAUAGAGAAUUUAUACAGUUAUGAUUAUCUUGUAUUCUGUAUGUGUGCUUCUCCUCUCCCUGCCCCAGGGAUGAAGCAUUAAAAGUGGUUGUAGCCAUUUCCAUGCUUUGGCUCCACAUUGUCACCUGGAGAACAGCAAAGGGGAGUAGGAAAACAAGACAGACAAGACCACUAGAAAGAACCCAGAGAUUACAGGGGUACUGGGAGGUUCCAAAUCCUCCAGAGAACUGACAGGACUCUGUAGAAAAAGGAGUUGUUAAUUCUACCUUUUGGGUUGAACUUGAAAGUCCUUGAACUGCAAACUCUAGGGAGUUGGAUGGUUGUAGGGUAUCUAGGUUAACUGUGGCACCAAUCUCAAUUAGACCAAUUUGUGUGUAGUUUCAUUUUCCGUUUUUGGCACUGGGAAUGGUGAAAAUAAAAUGUAUUGAAAUACAGAAGAAGUGGAAAUGGCUGAGUGUCAGUGAUAUUCUCCCAGAAUGUAUUUUUCUUACCUCGGCAUGUACUGUAGUCACUUGAUAUUUGUAUAUGUUGCUAGAAUUUAGGCUGUUGGAAAUAGUGAGAUUCUAAUGUGUUUUUAAUAAAUUAUAUAUGUGUGUCUUGCUCAGAUUAUUUGGAUUAAAUAAAACAACCUUGACAUCAUA